GACAGAUGCUCCUGAUUGGCUGAGCCACAGGGCGGAAGUGCGGUGUCACAGCUGUGCAGCUGAAAACAAAACAAGACAAGCUUCGACUGCACUAUGAUGGAUGAGCUCGUGCAGGACCUGGUGUCUGCACUGGAGCAGUCCUCGGAGCAGAGUAAACUCGGGGAGCUGUGGGAGGAAAUGGUCCUCAGUCCGCUGCAGCAGCGCCGUCAGAUCCGCCGCCGCAGAGUCCGCAAGCGCUGCCGCGAGUCCGCGCUCUAUCCGACGCAGCACAGACGAUGCUGGAUUGAGGCCUCGGAGUCCAGCUUGGAUGAGGCGAAACAGUACAGGCAGAACCCUUCCUCAGCCAUCGCUGCCUCUGUGGCCAACUGCAGCGACUCUGACGACCUGGCUUCAACCAACCAGUGGCACUCCAUCAUGAGAGGCCCGGCCAGGACGAGGCAGCCCUCCUGGCCCGAGUCCGACUCCUUCACUGAGAACAAUACGGGACGGCCGCUCAGGAGGCGCAGGAAGGUCAAGCGUAUGACCCCGGGCGUCACGGUCAGGCUGCAGCAGAAGUUGAACGUUUCUGGUGUGGACGGGAAACGGAGGUACAGGUCGUCCAGGAUGCAGCAGCUGUCAGGAUCGAAGAAGAGGUCUGGUGGUUGGAUGGGAGCGGACAGACAUGCUGAGGGAGCCAGGCUGAUGGGGAAAGAAUGCUGGAAGAGGAAGAUGGUCAAGGAACACGGAGAUGGUGCAGAUGAACACAUGUCUGAGGGGGAAACCAGCAGUACAUGCAGCAGUGACCCCGGCCUCUUCACCAAUGAUGAAGGAAGACAAGGCGAUGACGAGCAGAGUGACUGGAUCUUCGAGGGGGAGUGCGGAGCUGGGACGGGCGUUUCCAGCUUGUUGCCCAGCUGGGACUCAGAUAACCAGCUUUCCCUCGAGGAUAACCUCCCACCAGCGACCUUCCUGCAACCUGCACGGCCUUCUCGGAGAGGGUAUCGUUCACGUCUUAAACAGCUGCCUGGCUCUGCUGCCUGCUGCAUCAGGAAGGACAGGCGGAGGAUUCCCAGCAAGGGCAACAGGAUGCCAGUGUUUGUAGAGAGGCUGAGACAUUUCUCCCCAAGUCCCUACCAGAGAGACUUUUGGCUUCCACCUGUUGGGAAACGAGAUCGAAGCCAGUUGAAUCCUUUGUGCCCAUUACCCGUGUGUCCUAUUGACAUGAUGUCAGAGAGCUCCCACCUCAGAUGUUCCUCCUCAAUCUGCACAAACAGGCAGACUAACCUCACCUCAGGAUUGUCACGCUCAGGAGACUUCAUGAGGAGGAGGAGGGAAACAGGAGCUUCACCCAUCGCAACAUCAGCUAGCAACUCAUUUCAUAAGGAUCACCAGAGAGAAGAGGCGCAGGGAGCCAGUAACACCUCAACCCCAGAGACGAGUGCAGCCGGUUCACAGACUUUCCUCUAGGGGGACCGUGGAGACGCCUGAACACUGGACACGAGCGUGGAAGAACUUGACAAAAGGAAAUCUGUUGUGCCUGAGAAUGAAACGGCUUCAGCUCCUCUCACUACACAAACUUAAUGACAAAAAAAAAAAAAAAAAAUACAAAGCACAUCAUUAGUCUUCAAAUCAGCACGUUACUGCGAGAUUCAGUCUUUCCCACGUGGCAAAUGUUAAUGCAAUCAAGCCUCGUUAAGUCAUCUCCUCAAGAAAGACGGCAGCUUCAAGGGGCUCCUCGCUCGACUCGAGACCCGCCAGCCGCUCCUGUUUCCAAACGCAGCCUCCCGAACAUGUGCCACCACACAAUCCAACCGAUUUUUGUCCACUCUAGUAGUGCAGCGUUUCUCAGCAGGAAUUCAGGGAGCAUUGUCAGGUGAGGCUGGGGGGGAUGGAGGCGGGGGUCUUCUGUACUUUUUGGAAUCCAACAAUGGCUGUGCAGCAGCACGUAGCGAGCUCUGAGACAGGAGAGCAUCAGAAUGUUUAGCUACCACACGCUGCUACCGGGUUCAGAGAGGCGACCGCCGGUAGAGAGCCACACAAAGUACAGGCCUCCUAUUAGCAUGGAUUUGAAAAGCUACAGUUUGUACAAAGGUGCUCAUUAGCACAACACAGAGGGAGUGUAGUCGCGGUCCUUGGAGGGCCGCCUCUGUUCUCUCCAGCUCACCUUCCAUAUUCAAACCCUCCCCCCUAAACGUAUUUAAGUUCAAGGCCAGUUGCAAAGUCUGUUUGAACAGGCUGUUUUUCAGCGGCGGUGGAAUCGCUGCUUUUUCGGAGCUGUGUGCCGAGUGGAUGAGAGCCAGCAGAGAGGGGUUGGAGGGGCCCUUGCAGACAGGAGAGGAGAGUUGUACACACUAUUUUCACCUCCCCUUGGGGUAUACAUUUCCCUGGCUCCCUUGGCAUUAGAUGCAUUAAAAGAUCAAUGGCAGCAAACAGUGCGAUCAAACACAGCAGUUCUCGCCAAGCUGGUAAACAAGCGGCAUUUUCAGAAAAAUGCAUUUUUAUGCAGGAGUCAAGUGACGCGAGUAUGGGUGGUAAACAAUUCUAAAACAUAAAUAAUAAAAUAAUAAAAACUACCAAGUCAUCUCUGCUGUUGUGUCCUGAGAAGGUACAUUACAGUAAAAUGUCAACCUGACGAGCGACAGCAGAGUGAACUUGGUUGUUUAAAAAAUAAUGAAGCCUAUUUAACAUCUUCUUCAUGCCAGGAGGAAUAGGUACAUGCACUUUCUAUAAUGAUUACAAGAUAUCUUUCUUAGUGAAAUGAGCUGCAUAAUUAUCAGAUGUCUUUUCCGACGUUUCAAAGCCGUAUUUAAGUGAAGAAUCGCGUUUCGUCGAAUGAGAUUUGCCAAUUAACGUGAGUUAUAUGUCUGCAAUAAUCCGUCUGAGAAGGCUUUAUGUGAUCAUGUUGGCCAGGGAUGACAUUUAUAAAUGCUGUGUGUGCACACUCGUCUAAAUGGAUGCCUCACACGAGAAGACAUCCUGCCACGGGAAUCAGUCAAAGUGUUGAAGCAGCGAGCGCUCACCCCCUGCACCCCCCCAGAGUCCAGCAGCAGCAGCAGCCCGGGCCCCUCCAGCGCCAGGAAUAAACACCUGAUUAAUAGGAAAACCACGGGUUAAGCUCCCCAAUUAGAAAGGAAGGAGAUUUUGAUGAAUACUUUGAUGCCUUUUUUAAGACGUAUGUCCCUGAACACGUUGACAGGUAUUGACUGCGUGGUGUUUUAAGGGGAGCUCCUCGCAGUCCCCUUAUCCGUCAGUCGGUGUUUUGGUGCCAGGGCAUUGACAGGGGAGGAAGGCGCAUCACUUCAGAUACAUUUCCAUUAGUGGGAAAAGGGGAAACACCUCACUCGCGUCUCUUGUAAUUAGCAGUCACCAUGAUGACAUCUCAGCCCGACCGCGUGCCCCAAAAUGAAUUUCCAGUGGCCAGGAAGUGGGGGAAAUGGCUUCCGUGCCGCCAGUCAAUUGCCCUGUUACAGUUAAGGAAUCCAGCAGGCUGGUACAACUCAUAUUUCAUCCCAGGUAAAGAUUACCUGUCAGGCCCAUGGGAGAUGUAUUGAUCUGUUUUCCUUUUUCCGCCAAGCAAUCACCUGACAAAGGCACCUAGGAGGCGAGUGAAUGAGUGAUGCCUGGUCUGUCUGCUCCAGCGCGGUGGCUCCCAGUGUCCACUGAUGGGUGGAGAGGUGAUGAGGAGGAGGAGAGAUAAUGCAGUCAUAAACUCUGUUUGAACCUCCUCUGUAUGCAUGCAGGGCGGCCCCUCCGAGCCCCGGGUCAUAGGUCACCGGGGAGUUUGCUUCUUUUCCUUUUUUUUGGGGCUCCUUUCUUGUCAGAGGCGUUUGUUCUUGCUAUGUCGUGUGCAGUGAUGACACAAACACAUGCAAAAGAGGCUCUCUGGUUCCUGCUGACAAACGCAUGUUGCGAGUCACCGGAGUUCAACUCACUCUGGGUUUCAAAACGCGACUCGCUUUGAUCUGGGCGCUCCCUCACUAUGAAAUCCAACCUUGUGCGGUCUCGGGGGUUUUUCCCGCGACUGUCAAUGCGGCAGUGAUCAAUAUAUCUUGACAUUAUCUCAUGUUUUCAUGGCAGCUAAAAGUAUUUAUAUAUUUGCCUCGUUCAAUGGAAUGUUAGAGUUUAUAUUAUCCGUGAAGCCAUGCAUUUAAAGUGAUUGCACUGUGUAUAAUGUGUAGUAUUUAUGAUGUGGUGCGUAAUUAUAGGUCCAUUAAUUGAGGAUUUAGGUCUGAAGUCAUUAAAUUCAUAAAUUCAGUUUCAUGAUAGAUAGUACAGUAGAUAUAUCUAAAUUUUUUUACUAUCUUAUUUUUAAUUUCAUUUACAAGGAUUUAAAUAUAUCUCCCUGAUAUCAGGGCUCUUAGGCAGCUAUCCACAUUUGAUACGUGGUACAAAUAGCAUCUUAUCUCAUAGGCUGUUAUCUUUAUAUUUAAUAGCAUUGGAGGCAUGCCUAAUUGCUUUGCAAAUGAUCUAAAGAGGAUUACUCCUCCUGUAGAACGCACGGUGUCACUAGGUGAGACAUUACAAUGGUAAAAUUCAGACAAACGUGCAGUGUAGCUCUGUUUUCAUGUGACCGUCUCUCAGUGUUAUGUCAAAAAUAUUUGUCAGUACGAGGUGGAUACUCUGCUCUUAUAUAAACUCUGUAUGAUUAUGGACUAUUGUGGAUAAGAAGCUGUUUUAAGACAUUGCACUUAAGUCGUUUGUGUAUUUUAAAAUGAUAAGAUGUGUCGUGACUUUGGGGGAUUAGAUAAUGCCUUGACUUCAUGUCAUACAGUAGGUGAUGUUAAGCAUUCCUCUGACUAUGUAAAGAAAAACUGCAAUACCUGUUCUAUACUGAAUGUGGAUGCAAUAAAUGAAUUUUGGUGAUCAUGA